AUGAAUUCUGAAUUAUCAAAAGAUGAAAGUGAAUAAAGUGAUAUGUAUGUGGAAUCAUAAUUUGAUGAAUAUAAAAAGGAGGUUAAGAUUGAAGGAUUUGCAUUGGAGGACAAAGUUUAAUUUUACAAUUUAAAUAUGAAUGAGCCAUUAGACAUGAAAUCUCCUUCUGAAACUGUAUAUUAAAUUAUAAAUUUUAGAUUCAAGAGAUUAUAUUCACUGAUGAGAGAUUAGAAGUCUAAGGAUAGGGAUUAGUGAGUAGUUUGUUAAAUUAAAAUAAAUUUGUCAAUAUUAAGCUUCUUGAUUUAUCAAAAUGUAAACUUUAUUAAAUACCAGAUGAUGUGAAGUAAAAUGUAUCAUAAAUGUAGAUAAAUGAUAAAUUUACAAAAGUUGUAUUUGAGUUCAAAUAUGUUAGUAAACCUACCAAAUUUUUUGGAAUCUUUAAAAUUUUUAGAGAUUUUAGAUAUAUCAUUUAAUUAACUAUAAAAUUAUAUUAUUUGUUUGGAACGUUUAAAUUAACUAAAUCUAGCUUGUAAUUAUAUAAAAUAGCCGUAUUUGGGGAGAUUAGAUUUAUUAUGCAUAUAGAUGAAUCCAAUAAUAUAAUUACCAAAACAAUUUAAUAAAGCAUUAAAAAAUAUGAAUUAAUUAGAAUUUGAUUGGUUUAAAUAUUGCAAACCUACUUUACCAUUGAAAUUAAAUUUUAAGAAAUACCCAUGGAUUUAAGAGAGAUUAAUAAAUGCUUUAUAAAAAUAAGCUUUAGGUUUUUAAGAAUUCAUAUAACUAUUAAGUUAGAAUGAACAGAAUUAUAGUAGUACUGAUUAUAAAGAAAGAAACUUAUUUUGUUAAGCAGGUAUGAAUGAUGAAAUAGGAGUUUUAUAUUGUUUAAAUUAGAUUAUACCUUAAGAUAUCAAUAAAACUGAUUUUGACAAUAAUACACCUUUAUCAGUAUGCUAUUUAGAAGGCAAAAUGAGGUUAUUUUUUAUAAUAAUAAAGAUCAGUGAGUAUUUUAAAGGCUUUCGGUGGUAGAUUUUCACUUAAUAUCAUUCAUUCUAUAAGUUAAAGAGCAGAUGUGUAGAAUUUAAAGUUUCUUUUAGGAAUCAAAGAGCCUCACUCAUAAUUAAGAAAAUCUAAUGUUUAGCACCCAAUAAAUGAUGAAUCUUUAGUAAUGAUGAGAAAUUUAGAUGGUAAUACUCCAUUACAUCAAUUAAUGAUGCAUUUUGAUAAACAUGAGUAAAGUUCUGAAUUUGCUUAAAUAUUAUUAUUUUAUGGAGCAGAUCCAAAUGUUGAAAAUUAUGAAGGAUAAACACCUCUUGAUAUGGCAAUUAAAAAAUAAUAAUUAAAAGGUCUUAAAUUUGGAAAUGAUUUCAAUAUGUCUAAUAAUGCUGAUUUUAUUAAUAAAAGAUUCUUUGAUUUUUAUCAUUAAUCAACUAUUACUGGUUAUGGACUAUGUCAUACAGCUGUAAAUGUUGGAAAUAUUGAAAUCUUAGAGUUUCUUAUUUCAAUCAAUGCAGACUUUUUUGCUAUUAGUAAAUCUAACAAAUUACCUAGAAAUUUGGCUAUCUAAAGUUUAGUCGCUUUAAAGAAUAUUCGAAAACUUGAAAAAAGAUAUAUUCUGACAAGUGUUAUUAAAGAAAAAUCACUAUUAGAAUAAUAAGAAAAGUAUAUUUACUUAAUUAAUUAGAAAUGUAUAUUAAAUGAGACAUCAAAUAGAAAAGAAUAUGGUUUAAAGACAUCAUAAUAUGAUCUAAAAAUAUGCAGAUUAAGAAGAAAUUGAAGACAAUCAAUCUAUGGAAAGUUAUAAUGAUUUUAGUCUUUAAGUUGGAAGUGAAUGUACUGUAAGAGAAACUGUAGCAGAAUCUGCACCAAUAUUCAAAAAAUAAUUAAAUUUAUAGAAAGAAUAAAAUUCUUCUGUUUAAUAGAAUAUUGAAUAAUUAUCAUCUUAAGAAUUUACUGACUAUUAUCCUGAUAUAUUAAAACUAUUAAGAAGUGGAAAUAUUGAAACUGCCAUUAAAAAAUUAGAUAAUAUUUUAUAAUAAGAAUUUAUUAGUGUGGCUGAAAGACUCAAAUGUAAAAAUCAAUUGUCUCUAUUGAAAUUAAAAUUCAAAUAAAAAAAUGUAUAGUUGAAAUCUACGUUUGGCUAAGAUGUAUAAUUAAUAUUGAAUGAAUAUCAAUUUAAAUCAUUAAAAACUGAAUUUAGAAGUAUAUCAUUCUAAAUAUCAUAGAUAAGUAUUUUAAAUAAGUUCAAACUAUACUUAAUGCUGAUAUUGAAUCAGAAAUUUCAAAAGCAUUAAACAUAAUCUCAAGAUAAAAAAUCAUAUGUUCAUCAUUUAACUUAAAUAGAGAUCUAUUGGUAUAAGAUCUAUCUCUAAUAUCUGAUCUUAGAGCAAGAUUGAGUACAAAUCUAGUCUAUGACAUAAAUAACUAUGCUUCUCACUUAUUUUCUACAUAAAAUUAACUAUAUCUAUGGCUCUACAGUUGCUUUUCAAAAAAACAAAAAAUAUUAGUUUAAACAAGUUUUUUUAAUCUACAAAACUUUGAAUAUCUUCAAUUGAUGAAAUUCAAAAAGAAGAGAGUGUUUAUUGGAAAAACUGAUGAUCAGGCUCUUGAAAAAGAUAUGGAAGAAUAAAAUUAUGUUCCAAUAAACUAGAUAAUUAGUAAUAAUAAUCUGUUUUGUAACAGUAGAAGACAAUGAAGCAAC